CAGCAAAUUCGAAGCAUUCCCAUCCACCGCCGCCGCCGCAGCCGCCCGCCGCAUUCCGAGGGGUUCGAGUUCGCCGGAGAGGGAGGAGAGAUGGCCAGGAAGGGCGGAGAGAGGAAGAAGGCGGUGACCCGGUCCACCAAGGCCGGCCUCCAGUUCCCCGUCGGCCGCAUCGGGCGCUUCCUCAAGAAGGGCCGCUACGCGCAGCGCGUCGGCUCCGGCGCCCCCGUCUACCUCGCCGCCGUCCUCGAGUACCUCGCCGCCGAGGUGCUGGAGCUCGCCGGCAACGCCGCCAAGGACAACAAGAAGACCCGCAUCGUGCCGCGCCACCUGCUCCUCGCCAUCCGCAACGACCAGGAGCUCGGCAAGCUGCUCGCCGGCGUCACCAUCGCGCACGGCGGCGUGCUCCCCAACAUCAACCCCGUGCUGCUCCCCAAGAAGGCCCUCGAGAAGGCCGAGAAGGAGUCCCAGUCGCCCAAGUCGCCCAAGAGGAAGGCCCCCGCUCCCGCCCCCGCCGCCAAGAAGACCCCCAAGAAGAAGGCCGCCGACAAGAAGACCGCCGCCGCCGACAAGAAGACCGCCGCCGCUGACAAGAAGAAGGCCGCCGCCGACGCCGAGGAGGAGGCCGCCGCCGACGAGUAGAAAGGGCCAAGUUGCGUCGCGUAGUUCUGCAUCUGAGAUGGGAGAGAAAGAGAGAGAUCAUGUGAUCCUGUAUGUAAUGCCUGGUCUUGAGUCCGAACUGGUAGUAGUCUGUAGCGUCGAUUGAUCUUGAAUCACUGCUGAAAUGAAGCUGGAAACUUGAUCGUUUAGCCAA